AAGCUCUAACGAACGCCACCGCCUCCAUACAUCAAGAGCGCUAGCUUCUCUCUCUCUCCUCUCUCUUAGAAAAGAAAAUGGAGAUUUCUUCUGCAUCAAUGGCAGGUUUGGCGGCUUUAGCCGUUGCGUGGCUGUGGAUUUGGAGAUUUCUGAAGUGGGUUUGGCUUAAACCUAAGAUUCUGGAGAGUCGCCUGAGAAGACAAGGCCUUGUCGGAACGCACUACACUCCUCUUGUCGGCGAUGUGAGAAGGAAUUUCAGUAUGAUCAAGGAGGCAAGAUCCAAACCCAUCAAUCUAACGGACGACAUCACUCCACGUGUCCUACCAUUCCCUCUGACUAUGCUCAAGACUCACGGGAAGACUUUCUUUACAUGGCUUGGGCCUAUACCGGCGAUUACGAUCACAAAUCCUGAACAGAUCAAAGAAGUGUUUAACAAAGUUUACGAUUUCGAGAAGCCGCAUACGUUCCCUUUGGCUAGACUGAUCGCAACUGGACUGGCGAACUACGAUGGAGACAAAUGGGCCAAACACCGCAAGAUCAUCAACCCGGCUUUCCACCUCGAAAAGAUCAAGAACAUGGUCCCUGCAUUCUAUCAGAGUUGCAGCGAGAUCGUGGGAGAAUGGGAGAGACUGGUUUCGGAUAAAGGGUCGUCUUGUGAGGUGGAUGUUUGGCCGUGGCUCGUGAAUAUGACAGCGGAUGUGAUCUCACGUACCGCCUUUGGAAGCAGCUACAGAGAAGGGCAGAGGAUUUUUCAACUCCAGGCAGAGUUAGCACAGCUCAUUGUACAAGCUUUUCGCAAAGCUUACAUCCCUGGAUGGAGGUAUUUACCGACAAAGAGCAAUAGAAGGAUGAAAGAAAUAGACCGAGAAAUACGGGCGAUACUAAGUGGGAUAAUCGGCAAACGAGAGAAGGCGAGGGAAGGACCGAACAAUGAUUUGUUGGGUAUUCUUCUCGAAUCAAAUUCGGGGCAAUCCAAAGGGAAUGGAAUGAGCCUUGAAGAAGUGAUGGAGGAGUGUAAGCUGUUUUAUUUCGCCGGACAAGAAACAACUUCAGUACUAUUGGUCUGGACAAUGGUUUUGUUAAGCCAACACCAAGACUGGCAGGCUCGGGCGAGAGAGGAAGUGAUGCAGGUACUCGGUGACAAGAAACCCGAUAUGGAUAGCCUCAACCAACUCAAAGUUAUAACGAUGAUAUUCUACGAGGUUCUGAGGCUUUACCCUCCUGUAGUUCAGCUCAACCGAGCAGUCCACAAGGAGCAGAAGCUCGGAGACCUGACACUCCCGAGCGGAGUUCACCUCUCUCUACCGAUUAUGCUCAUCCAACGUGACACCGAGCUAUGGGGAAGCGAUGCGGGGGAGUUCAAACCCGAGAGAUUCAAAGACGGGAUCUCAAAGGCGACGAGGAACCAGGUUUCGUUCCUCCCGUUCGGAUGGGGGCCCAGGAUUUGCAUCGGACAGAACUUUGCCUUGAUCGAAGCUAAGAUGGCUUUGGCUUUGAUCCUGCAGAGAUUCUCGUUCGAGCUGUCUCCGACAUACAUUCACGCGCCGUACACUGUCGUCACGAUCCAUCCACAGUUCGGAGCUCACCUCGUUCUUCACAAGUUAUGAGAACAGAGGCUUUACUUUUGGUAAGGGAAUAAUAAUAAUAAUAAUAAUAUGUUAGAGUUAUAGAUGGAAUAAAAUGAAUAAUCUAUGUAAUUCACAUGUUCAGACAUUGUUGUAUCUAAUGUUUUACCUUUGACAGCCUAAAAUUACUGUCCUUAAUUUUGAUUUUAAA